CAUACUCCAACUGCCUGAUGCGGGAAAGGGGUCUUUUCCGCGGGCGUUGCGGAAUUAAAGAGGUCCCGCUUCGUGGGCAUGCCCGGGAUACAGGCCCUCCCGGGGGCGGGCCGGCGUUUCGCCGCGGGGCGUGGCUCCGGCUGCGGGUCGGGCGCUGGCUCAAUCCGGCGAGGGGAUUCUUUGCCUGCACACGCGGCGGAAGGAGCCAGGGCGGCGGUGCUGCGACACUUCCAGCAGCUUCCAGACGGCCAGGGCGGCUCUGCCCCGCCCCUUCCCUUGAGGCCCCGCCCCACCCUCUGCGGCCUGGGCUGUGUCUGCGGCGGCUCCGCCCCGCAACCGCACUGCUGGGAUCCUGGGGGCCAAGGAGGCUAUGCCCUCAUCGCAUUUCCUCUAGGAAACUGCAGAUGGGACCGUCUACCCUACCCGCCAGGCCCAGAUAGCCCGGCACUGCGUCCUUGGUGGGGUGGAGCGGGGAUGACCCCACUUCUCCUCCCAUCGAUCACACAGCACACCGGCCGGUGGGGCGGCUCUGAGGGCGCCGGCUUCAGAGAGCAGACACUGGGGAUGGGGUCGCGUACCCGACGGAUUGCCCCCACCCUCCACCCCCAGCUUCUGCAGCCGCCCACAGGCUCAAGCCGGAAGCGGAACAAGAAUCACUCCUGUGGACCAGUGUCGGGACCAAAAAUUCCUCAGGGGGUUCCUGAUGGGAAAAUCUCAAGUCUCAACACCAGCACAGAAAUUCUGAUUUCUCUUCUGGAAGCCUCCCAGGAUGACCUCUCCAGCUCACUGACACUCACUGAGCUCCACUUGUAAGCCUAGCCUUACCACGCGGAGAUGCGGCAACAAGACAAGAAGUCCUCAGCCCACUGGGGGGAGCUGCGGCAGACCAGCUGUGAAUCAGAGCAGCUAGAAGCAGGGGAGAAACCUCAGAGUCUCCCAGCUCAGCCUGGGGAAGGUGGCCGACACAGGUCUAUACCCAGCAAAGGGAAAGCAUGGGGAAGGCACGGCCCUGACAGAGGGACCAGGAACCCUCAAGGGAGGCAAAGUCAAAAUGAAAGAAAGUGAAGUCGCUCAGUCGUGUCCGACUCUUUGCUACCUCAUGGACUGUAGCCCACCAGGCUCCUCCGUCCAUGAAUUUUCCAGGCAAGAAUACUGGAGUGGGUUGCCAUUUCCUUCUCCAGGGGAUCUUCCCAACCCAGGGAUAGAAUCCAGGUCUCCCGCAUUGCAGGCAGACACUUUACCAUCUGAGCCACCAGGGAAACCCGGGGAGGCAGGGGGCACUGAAAGCGGCUCAGCAGGCAGGCGUCAGGUCACAUAGGGUCACAAUGCCAUGCUAAGUAGUUCUGACCUUAACUUAGGGUCAAGGAAGUCACUUAAGGCUGUUAAAGAUGACUUGACCCCACCCCACCCCGACCCCCAGAA